AUGUGUGAAUCGAGUUCGAGCUUAUUAAUUUCCUUGUCAGUAUGGCUUAUACUGAGUGCCGCUCGACAAGUGUUUGAUUUAAUCGGCAAAUUGUGGGUACUUGUUAUUUUUAAUUUACUUCAGAUUGUUUCAGUUAUUUCGGGUAUUUUUGCUGCCUGUCAACAGCGUUUGCUUCUUCUUAUUGCAUUUACUUUUUGUAGCUUACUAUCCAUUAUUUAUAAUGCUCUGUUAUUACUAUGGUACAAAGGAUUUUUCGGUGAUAAUAUGCGAUCAUUUAUUAGUGCUGGUUUGCCCUAUUCGCAUAGCUUUUUUAUUCGAUACACACCGAUGUGCUCGUCAUAUUUCAAUUUGAGCAUCUUAGAAUGGGUCCAAACCAAUUGUUUAGUGCAAUAUAAACAAAUUGAGUCAUUACAAUGCAUCAUUCAUAUUAUCCUUGCCACUUUAUCCAUAUUAUUAUCGAUCAAAUCAUUCUGCAAAUUGGCUUCAAAACGAAAGUGCGUUAAUAAUAAAUUUUCUGUGAAACCGUAUAAUUUUCACAAAAUGUCUUACAAUAUUCUAAUUACAAGGUUUACUGUAAUGAUUUCUUGCAUUAUUGUUAAACUGCCGCUUCAGCAUAAUUCAGCCAAAAAUUUCGAUGAUCGUCUUGCUUUAAAUCGUUCGUCAGGAAGCAAUAUGACUUCUCUGAUUUCAUUUGACCCUAAAAGCAACACUCUUAUACGUGUUAGAGAACAUGUUGAAGAAGAUCUGGAUGAUGGUUUCCUUAUAUCAGAUUAUAAAAAUGGUAAAUCUAUUUACAGACAGGUAAGUAUAAUUCAUAAAUUGCAAUACUUUUUUUGA